AUGGAUAAUUAUUGGAAAAACAAAGAAUUGGAAAUAAUAACUUUAGAAUAAAUGGGGUUCGAAAAAAGUGGGAAAGAUUUUCCUUCAAUAUAAUUCAAUGAAAAAAUAGUUAAAACUUAUGACAAAACUAGAGAUAUUCCUUCUUUAAAUGGAACCUCAAGAAUGGGUGUUCAUUUAAGAUUCGGAACUGUUUCCAUUAGAGAUUUAGUUAGGAGAAGCAAAUCAUUAAAUUAGGUAUAUAUAAAUGAGUUAAUAUGGAGAGAUUUUUAUAUGAUGAUACUUGAUUAAUUUCCAAGAGUUGAAAAAUAUAAUUUUAAAUAAAAAUACGAUAAAUUAGAAUGGAGAAAUAAUCCGGAAGAAUUUAAAGCUUGGUGUGAAGGAAAAACAGGGUAUCAUAUUGUUGAUGCUGGAAUGAGAUAAUUAAAUUGUAGUGGAUAUAUGCAUAAUAGAUUAAGAAUGAUAACAGCAAGUUUUUUAACUAAACAUUUAUUAAUAGAUUGGAGAUGGGGGGAAAGAUAUUUUGCUAAAAAAUUACUUGAUUAUGAUUUAGCGUCUAAUAGUGGAGGAUGGUAAUGGUCAGCAGGAACUGGAACUGAUUCUUAACCUUAUUUUAGAAUAUUUAAUCCUGAUAGUUAAUAGAAGAAAUUUGAUCCUAAUUAUACAUUUAUUAAAACUUGGGUAAAAGAUUUAAAUACUAAAAGCUAUCCAAAACCAAUUGUUGAACAUACAUUUGCAAGAAAUAGAUGUUUAGAGACUUUUAAAAAAGUU